CGGCCCACCAGCUGGGUUCAUUUACCCUCAGAUCACUGAGAGUGAACCACUCCACAGCACGCUAAAUAUCUGGGGACUUUUCAGCCAACAUGACCAGUGGGUGCUGUGUUUUUGUCCUCUUUACCCUCCUCCAUGUCUCACUGAGUGUGGAAAUGACAGGAUUAUAUGGCAGCUUCACCUCCCCCGACUUCCCCCAGCCUUACCCUGACAACCAGCACAUAGUGUGGAACAUUAGUGUCCCCAAUGGCCACAGGGUCAAACUCUACUUCAGACACUUUAGCAUGGAACCGUCUAACCAGUGUGAAUAUGACUACGUCCAGGUUCUGGCAGAUGGGAAUGAAACAUUGCGGUUCUGCGGUGAGGAGGAGAAGAACUAUGAGAGCAGCCCGAGGAACACAGUCGUCCUGUCAGCAGGGAACCUGAUGUCUGUCAUCUUUAGGAGUGACUACUCGAACGAGGGCCGAUUCACCGGCUUCCAAGCUUUUUACACAUCGGAAGAUAUCAACGAGUGUUUGUCCAAGAUAGACGGGGAGAGUGUGUGCGAUCACUUUUGCCACAAUUACAUCGGUGGAUUUUAUUGCACAUGCAAACAAGGAUUCCUUCUCCAUGACAACAACAGAUCCUGCACAGUGCCAUGCCAAAACCAGACGUUGACCUCGCUGUCUGGUGUUCUCACCAGUCCGGGCUACCCGAGUCCUUACCCAACCAUGAUUCAGUGUGACCAUAUCAUUCGUCUACUAGAAGGCUACAGAAUAAUUCUGGACUUCCUAGAACCCUUUGACAUAGAGGGACACCCUGAUGCCCCCUGUCCGUACGAUAUGUUGAAGAUUUCCACCACUGGGCAGGAGUAUGGACCCUUCUGUGGAUCAAUGGCACCCGGUCGCAUUGACACAGGAAGUUACCAGGUGCAUGUUGCGUUCAGAUCGGAUCAAAGUGGGAAAAACAAGGGAUGGAAGAUCAAAUACACAAGUACCAAGUUACACACAUUGUAGUAUAUUUUCCACAGUGAUGUAUCUUCAUCUUGGAAUGUUGUUUUUUGUCAAAGUUUUAGCACUGUGUUGAUGAUACCCUACUAUAUUUUGACACUGAAAAAUAUGCUCUGCAACAUUUAAAACAUUAACUUUCACUUCUCAAAAUAAAAGGAAUUUAAAUAAAAGUGACACAAGACACUUUUCCUGAGCUUUAUUUCC